GUGCUUCGUCGAAUCCUGGCCGUGCAGACUGCCGAGGCGCCAACCGUGUCGACUCAGAACUUGCUGCAGGGGCGCAGCGACUUGGCUCACAGUUUACGCAUCCAGAACAAGGUUCAUGAGGCCGAGGUCAACUUUCGCUUGGUCUACGAGUCCCUUUCUCUACGGGAAGGGGCCAGCAGCCCCAAUGCACUGGCAGCAGCGAGCAAUCUCGCGUCGGUGCUUCAUGAGGCUGGACGGCACCAGGAGGCUACGGAGCUGUUCGAGCUUGCGACAGAUGGCCUGGAGAGGACGCUUGGAGCUGACCAUCCCAAUUACAAAGCUGCGCGUCAAAACUAUGAAGACUUAAAGCGGAGUGCAGGCUUUGCAGUUCCAUGA